UUCAGAUUUCAAGCAUGUGUUUAUUUUGCAUGUGUCUUUCAAGCGAUGUCAUGUGGUAUCCAUUACUUAGCGUCUGUGUUCAUGGCUGUUACUCCUAACUUUGUAUGUGGGAUCCCUGGAAAUGUGAGUAGUGUUCUUUUCUACAACUCCUCUGAAUCAAGUAUAGAGGACAUCUGGACACUAUGGACAUCAACAGAAAAUUACAUUGUAGUCCAGCUGGAAAAUGGAGAAAUUUGGGAACUUAACCAAUGCAGCAGGUCCAAACGAGAAGUCAGUUUGGAUCUGGCAUAUGAAUACAAAGGCAACAAGUCCGUAUUUUCUUGUUCUGAUGGAUUUCUCUAUGAUGAUACAAAGUGGAAGAGCACUGUUGUUACGCAGUGGGAUCUGGUCUGUGACCGAGAAUGGCUUGCAAAAUUAAUCCAGCCUACAUUCAUGCUUGGAGUCUUGAUUGGAGCAGUGAUUUUUGGUGACGUUGCUGACAGAGUGGGAAGACAGCGUGUUAUAUGGUUCACAAGUGCUGGUCAGUUUGUAUUUGGCAUCGCAGUGGCCUUCACAUUUGACUACUACAGUUUCGUGAUUGUGCGCUUUCUCCUUGCUAUGGUUUCAAGUGGCUAUCUGGUUGUGGCUUUUGUUUAUGUGACUGAAUUUGUUGGCAUUAAAGCACGAACCUGGGCUUCUAUGCAUGUCCAUGCUUUUUUUGCUAUGGGAAUUAUGGUUGUGGCACUCGUGGGAUUUUUGGUUCGGACCUGGUGGGUCUAUCAGAUAUUUCUCUCCAUAUCGACUCUUCCCUUUGUCUUGUGCUGCUGGAUGCUCCCAGAAACACCUUUUUGGCUCCUGUCAGAGGAAAGAUACGAAGAUGCACAAAAAGUAAUUAAUAUAAUGGCAAGAUGGAAUAAAGUAAGCACCCCCUGCAAAGUUUCUGAACUAUGCUCAGUCCAACAAGAUGAUCUAGUCAGUGGCAGAACGGGUGACAAUGACACGUCCUCAACAAAGAAGCACAACAUCUUAGACCUGUUUUGUAAUUGGCACAUUGCAAGAAGGACCAUCACAGUCUGGCUGAUCUGGUUCACUGGGAGCUUGGGGUACUACGUCUUUUCCCUCAGUUCUGUCAGUCUAGGAGGCAAUGAAUAUUUAAAUCUCUUUCUCAUAGGUGCUGUGGAGUUGCCUUGCUAUAUCAUUGCUUGCAUUGGGAUGGACAAACUGGGAAGGAGAAACACACUCAUUCCGUUCCUUAUUUUAAGUGCACUGAUCUGUGUUUUAAUUAUGUUCAUACCUCAGGAUUUCAAUACAUUAAUUAUCUUAGCAAAUAUGGCUGGAAAAUUUUCAAUAGGUGUGGCAUUUGGCCUUAUAUAUCUCUACACAGCAGAACUGUACCCAACAAUUGUAAGAUCGCUUGCUGUUGGAAGUGGAAGCAUGAUGUGCCGUGCAGGAAGUGUGGUUGCUCCUUUCUGUGUAUAUCUGAGAAGUGUUUGGAUUUUCAUGCCACUUUUGAUUGUUGGAAUCAUGGCUCUUCUGAGUGGAAUAUUAACAAUAAUGCUUCCAGAAACACUGGGAAAACCAUUGACUAAUACUUUGGUGGAGGCUACAGAAAUGGGAAGAAACAAGAAAAGCUGUUCAGGAAAGACUCCUCCAGCACACAGUGGUGCGGCAUUAGAAAAGAUAGAGAUGUUUGGUCAAGAAACAGGCAGCGCUGAGAAAUAAAGCAACAGCAAAAUGGCUGUUCCCAAUUUUAAUCGUUAUCUAAUUUAUAAGAUAUUUUUAUUUGAGAAAUGUGACUGUUCUAU